AUGAAUUCUUAUCGACAAAAUGAAUAAAAGAAAUUACGCAAUUCUUAUCUAACUAAUAAUCUUGAAACCUCUAUGAUAUCAAACAAAUCAAAGAAUUCAUUCAAAGAUCUAAUUGAAUAUAGAAGUAUACUGCAUUUAUUUAUUAAUCUCUCAGAUCAUACUCCUCAAGAGAGAAAAGGUCAUCGCAAUUAAUAAAGUGCCUCCAAGAUUAAAUAAAUACUUUCAAAUUUAGUAUAGACAGAUCAAAUUUCUCCAAAAUCAUCAUUUGGAUAGAGUCUAAGGGAGAAAUAGGAUAUGAGGCUGACAGAUAACACUUGUAAAUAAUUCUUAAUAUAUCAAGACUCUAAAACCCCAAAGGCAAAUGAUUCGUAUUACAAAUAGUAGCUAGUAGCACCUUAAUCUACUAGAGAAGUAAAUCAGAAUAGCGAAAACCUUCAAAAUUUAUAUUACAUGUUUCAAAAUAAAUAAUCAGAUUCUCAGAUCAAAUAGAAUGUGUUAACUUUAUCCUAAUUGGCUAAGCAACAUCAACAAUAAAGAAACAAUAACAACUAAAUAACAUAAAAGAAUUGGUUCAAUAACAAUUAGAACAAAGAUAGUUAUCAUUCCUCCAUCUACAUAAGUUAGAUCUAAUAAUUGAAACAAAAAAUCGAUAAUAGUCUACAAAAGAAAACUUCAUAAAAAACUGAAAAAUACUAAAAUUAGAAUGAAACAUCGACUGUCAAAAAUAAUGGAAUUUCUACUAUUUCUAAAAGACCUUAAUAGGACUUAAAUUGUUUCGCAAAGACUGAAGAAAUCUCUGAUCAACUCAUUUAGCUGGUACUCUAGAAGGAAUUAUAAUGGAAUCAACUGAAUUAAAAUUUAGAAAAAUUAAAUUAUUCAUCAUUGGUCAACCAUUGCAUGGAAUUACAUUAAUGUAUAAGUUAAUUGUCAGAAAGAAAAAAUAGUGAAUAUCUAUAUGAUAUCGACAUAAAUAUAAUUGAUACAUUUUUAUUGGAAUCCUUUACUGUUUUGAUAAUGUUAAUGGAAUAAUCAAGAGGGUAAUAGAUUUUGGAUUAAAAUUUAAAAAAUUUAAUCGUAUACAUCACUUAAAGUAAUUUUUACUUAAUCCAAACAGUCAAUUCUGCUGUGGUUCAUUCUUUGUUAAAGUAAAGGAUAGAAUUAAGGCAAUUUUAGUAAAAAAAAUAAUAGAGCAAGGCCAAACAAACCUUGUAGAAAAAUAAUUUUAUUAUAAGAUCUAUUUUGGAAUUGAUGUAAGUAUUGACGACACGACUCAUCCAGAGGUAUAUUAGUCACUUGAUUUCAAAUAACAAAGUUUAGAAUCUUAUUUUGUUUAGCAAAACAAAAUAUUAAAUCAAAUUUCUAAGUAGUUAUAAAAAGAUAACAGUCUAAAGAGUUAAAGUAGUAAUAAAAGUACAAGUGCUGUAGACAAAAAGAAAUCGCCCAUACUUCCUACUAAACAAACAAAAAAUUAUACAUUAGUUUUAGAUCUUGAUGAAACUUUGGUUCAUUAUUAAGAAGUAUACACAAAUAAAUGAUGAUAAAUAGUUUCCAAAUGGUGGAGGACAAUUUUUAGUGAGACCUUACACAGAAGAGUUUUUAGAAAAGUUAUCAAAAUAUUAUGAAAUAGUAAUUUUUACAGCUGCCUAACCUGAUUAUGCUAAUUUUAUUAUAGAUAUAAUCGAUAAAUAACAGAUAGUCAAGGCAAGAUUAUAUAGAGAACAUACAUUUCAAAAGGAUAAUGUUUAUAUAAAAGAUCUAUCUAUUCUUGGAAGGAACUUAAAUAGAGUGAUAAUUGUUGAUAAUAUGCCUGAGAACUUUUAGUUGCAACCUGAAAAUGGGAUAUACAUUUAGAGUUGGACUGGUGAGCAAAAGGACAGAGCGUUGAAAGAUUUGAUGCCUCUUUUAGAAUGUAAUAAAUGA